AUGAAUCUUGUUCAAAUCGAACGAACAUCUUUCAUUGAAAAAUUCUUAGAAAAUGUUUUAAAAAAAAUUGAUAAUAAAAAUUCAAAUACUUAUAAACCAAUUGAAAAUAUUCUUCAAUCAAAAAUAACAAAAUAUAUUCCAGCUACAAUUUUAAUUGAUGCAUAUAAAUUAUCAGACAAGGAAAAUUAUCUUCAUGAAAUAUUAGCUGGUUGUAAUUUAUUUGUACCAGCUUAUAUUGAACCAGAACGAAAUCCUGAAUUAAAUGAACGUAUUGAAAGAUUAAAAGCUGAACAAGCUAAUCGGGAAUAUGAUGAAAUGACAAAAAAUGUUAAUUUAAGUAAAAUAUAUUCAAAUAAAAUUCAAGAUUCAAUUAUGCCUGAUAUGAAAUCUGUACAAGGACAACUAAUAACUGUUGCAAAUGUUUUUUUAACUAUUGGUGCAGCAUUUGUAUUUGGUUAUAAAUCAAUUGAAUAUUCAACUGGUACAAAAAAUUUUGUUUUACAAAUAUCAUGUGGACUAUUCUGUGCAUUCAUUGUUGCUAUUGCUGAUUUAUAUUUUCUUUUUAAACGUUUAAAUAAACUUGAAUAA